GGCUCGCAGGACUUGGACCGUAUCCGCUUGUAGACUGGAAGUACUGAGCGGUGCCGGUUUGCGGCGGUGAGAGCUGAAGUGUCUGUGUGACGGUGGCCGGAUUUUCUCCAUCCUACUGGUGGCGGUCCCUUGGUCCUCACUCGUCAGACACUCGCCGUCUGCGUCCCGGUCACUUACAGCACUAUUCAAAUAUGGCUGAUGCAACGCGAAAUGGCCCUCAGGGUGGUAUCUUGCAAUUUAUGACGGCUAACAAACUAGAGGCUGCAAUGUGGCUUUCUCGACUCUUCACAGUAUACUGUUCCAUCCUCUUUAUAUUUCCUUUCAUGGGAUUAUAUGAAGCUGCCAAUUUUUACCAACGUGCCCUGUUGGCAAAUGCCCUUACCAGUGCACUUCGAUUACACCAACGCUUACCUCACUUCCAGUUGAGUCGUGCUUUUCUGAAUCAAGCCCUGCUAGAAGAUAGCUGUCAUUAUCUCCUUUACUCAUUGAUCUUUGUCAACUCCUAUCCAGUUACCAUGAGUAUUUUUCCAGUUUUCUUAUUUUCUCUACUGCAUGCUACAGCCUACACAAAGAAAAUUUUUGAUAUUCUGGGCCCAACAAGUUUGGCCUUCCUGAGGUCAAUCUUGGACAAAAUAUCAGCCAAUCAGCAGAACAUCUUGAAGUUCAUUGCCUGCAAUGAAAUUUUUCUGAUGCCAGCCACAGUCUUUAUGCUUUUAAGUGGGACUGGCAGCUUGCUGCAGCCUUUCAUUUACUACCGAUUUCUUGUACUGCGAUAUUCCUCACACAGAAAUCCCUACUGCCGGACUCUCUUUUCGGAGCUGAAAAUGCUAUUACAGCAUUUAAUCAUGAAACCCGCUUGCCCUGGAUUUCUGCGAAACAUGUGUCUUAACUGUAUUUCUUUUAUAAGCCGAUUGGCUCCCACUGCAAAUUGAAGUGAACUGGAACAUCAAAUCCUCUGUGAAUGAACGAGUAUGCUGAGCAAGCAGUCUCCAUGUUAGUUGCUGUCAAUCCCAAAUAAAUUCCAAAAGUCUCUGUAUUUUUGUAAGACCCCUUUCAUAUGAAAUUUUAUCUUGUAGACUGAAAUUCAGUUCUAAAUGUUUUCAGUUAAAUUUCUUAACUAAAUUUUCAGCUGAGAUAUUGAACAGUUAAAACAUUAGUAUUGGCUUUUAUAUAUUAAAAAACCUCGAUUAGAUAAUGAAGGUCAAAUCAAUAUUUACUUCUAGUCAACAUAAUGGAAGAGGAAAGGUGGUAUAACAGGUCUUUUUGUGCACCUGUUGAAUGGUUUUCUAUUUUGUUAUUUAUAUUCUACCGUUGUUUUGUACUAGCAUGUCAUCAGGUACUGGUACCUGGUUAGAAUAGAAGCUAUCUAUUUGACAGAGUCUGAGUUACGGGUGAGAGGCCCUCCACAUCUUGAAAUGCUAUAUGUAAAAUCAAGCACUGGUAAACUAACAAUGGAUGCACUGUUGCACUGUACAUGGAUGUCUGUUUGUUAGUCAAGCAGAAUGCCCGUUAGUUAUUCUUAUUAGAAUGAGUUUGGGGUGACAUGAAUUUGGAGUCUGAUUAUGAUAAUCUGAAACAAAUAUGACUAGAGUAUGAACUAUAAUUUGUGCUGGGGUCUUUGAGGAAUAAAAUAUGUAAUAUAAACUGGGUACUGUACACUUCCAGGCUCUCAAAAUGUAUUCUGAACUGUUAGGCAAAGCAUUUAGCAUUUUCUUUAUAAAACGGUCUGACAUUGAUUUAUCACAGUUUUUCAACAUUGGAAUGAAUGAAUAUUGUAUUUAGUGCAUGUAAUUUUGUCCUAGUAAUUGCACUGAAAUAAUUCCUUUUAUGGUUGUAAACAUUUUCAUCUUUCCACUGAGAAAAUGUAUUGCGACAGAAUGUUUACAAAAAUGAAGUUUGAGCUAAGUUAGCUAGUAAAGUUAAAAGUAAACUCCUUGUAAAUUAUUAUGUUUAAAGUUUCAUACUUUAAAUACUAAAUAUUUGUGGAACCAAUUUUCACCCUUAUGAAUGCAAAUUGACUGAUACUGCACUGUGUUUUCUUUUAGAUUUGUUGUCCAUGCUCUGGAAUUGUAUUGUAGGACAUUUUAUUGACUGGAAGUUACUAUACCUAAUAAAUCUUGACACUGAA